GGGAAGACCAGACCUAGUUCACUGGUGGCAAGAGAAGGCUUGUCUGAAUCUUGUGUCUUCAUUCAUGAACGCCCUUACUUACUUAAGUUUCCGCUGUUCAAAAUCCGAAACGCAGAGGUGAUGGGCCAAUACAUCAGGCGCCGACAUAGUCAGAAGCCUUCCGAAAAGGCCACAGAUGCUGGGCUCCCAUCUAGUGCAUCUGAAGGACCUGCAUCAGGCUCUGCGUUCAAUGGUUCUGUUCACACGCCUGACAAUGACGAAGUCGAGAGCCAAUCUGUCCCCAAUCCUAAUGCUGCUACUGAGCAACCUCUAACAGAGGAGGCCGCAAUGCGCCACGUUACGUUUUGGCGCAAUGGUUUCAGUUUCAUGGACGGACCGCUCCUGAACUACAAUGAUCCUGCUAAUGCAAAGAUCCUCCAUAUGCUUAACCAAGGGCAGGCACCAGCCGAUCUCUUGAAUGUCAUUAACGGACAGCUCGUCGAACUUCACGUGGUUCGCCGCAUGCAAGAAGACUAUACUGUACCUGACUGUAGAGGUGCAGUCCAGAACUGAGCGUGAUGUUAAUGAGUGUGGGACUCUGUCCCCAAGUAGGUUUAGGCAUGAGUUUGGGGAUAGGCUGGGAUAAGUUUAGGAUUAGGAAGUAACUCAUAUAUUUUGUGGAGAGUGAUUUGAGCAUAGGACUUAGAAAGAUGCUGAUAGAGACCAUAGGGUCAUACC